CUGGGUAGAGCUCAUUUGACUGAAGGUCAACACAACCCUGCAGGUUCACAGACUUGAGUGGUGAAAAUGACAUCCACAGCACGCCGAGUGGCCCAUCAGCAGGAGAGAGCAGAUGGCAUCGGCACCAACGAGACGGCCGUGAAGUUUGCUGGCCAGGAUUACGAGACUCUUCUGCAGAAGUGUCUGAGCAGUGGACGCCUGUUUGAAGAUGUCUCUUUUCCAGCUGAGAGCAAGUCUUUGGGCUACAACGAGCUGGGGCCCUUCUCRCCGAAGACAAAGGGCAUCGUUUGGAAGAGACCAACGGAGAUUUGUUCCAACCCAAAGUUCAUUGACGAUGGAGCCACGAGGACUGACAUCUGUCAAGGAGCUUUGGGUGACUGCUGGCUCCUGGCUGCCAUUGCUUCUCUGACUCUGGACCAGCAGAUCCUGGCACGAGUUGUGCCCCCUGGACAGAGUUUCACCGAAAAUUACGCCGGAAUAUUUCACUUUCAGUUCUGGCAGUACGGGGUGUGGGUGGAUGUUGUGAUUGAUGACCGGUUACCUACCAAAGAUGGAAAGCUUCUGUUUGUCCACUCAGCUGAGGGCUCAGAGUUUUGGAGCGCUUUGAUGGAGAAGGCUUACGCCAAGGUGAAUGGCUCCUAUGAGGCCUUAUCAGGAGGAACUACCAUUGAAGGUUUCGAGGAUUUCACAGGAGGGAUUGCUGAAACGUACACCUUAAGCAAAGCUCCUCCGCAGCUCUUCCAAAUCAUUCAAAAGGCCCUGAAUCUGGGUUCACUGAUGGGUUGCUCUAUCGACAUCACAAGUGCCCGUGAAACAGAGGCAGUGACAGCRCUAAAGCUUGUAAAAGGACACGCAUACUCUCUUACCGGUGCAGAAGAGGUUCAUUUUCAAGGCAAGCCYGUUAAGCUGGUUCGUAUCAGGAACCCUUGGGGAGAAGUGGAGUGGACCGGGCCCUGGAGUGAUGGAUCCAAGGAAUGGAGCUACAUCAGUGCGGAUGAGAAAUCAAAGUUGAACAAUGUGGCCGAAGACGGAGAGUUCUGGAUGGCCUAUUCAGACUUCAUCAAGAACUUCUCCAGACUGGAGAUCUGUAACUUGACCCCAGACACGCUGGAGAGCAACGACAUGGGCCAGUGGAACAACUACCAGUUUGAGGGCAUGUGGAGGGUCGGUUCCACUGCUGGAGGCUGCCGCAACAACGCAGCCACGUUCCCAUACAACCCUCAGUUCCUGGUGCAUCUGGAGGACGUGGAUGAGAACCCUGUGGAUGGAAAGGAUGGAUGCACCUUCCUGGUGGGGCUGAUGCAAAAGGGCGGACGAUUGCAGAAGCGGCUCAACCAGGACAUGGAGUCUAUUGGCUUUUCUAUUUAUAAGGUCCCAGACGAGUACAAAGGCAAGAACAACGUUCACCUGGGCCCCGAAGUGCUGCUGCGUCAGAGGCACRUAGCCAUAAGCACGUUCAUCAACACCAGGGAAGUGUGCGAGCGCUUCAAACUCCCUCCUGGAGAAUACGCCAUAAUUCCCUCCACCUUCCCGCCUCACAAGAACGGCAGCUUCGUUCUCAGGGUCUUCUCUGAGAAAGCCGCUAACACCAGACCACUUGAAGCAGACAUUCGYGCUGUAAUAAAGGAGAAGGAGAUAUCWGAAAAGGAUAUGGAUCCUGAGUUCAAACGCAUCUUCAAGCAGAUUGCUGGCAGUGACAUGGAAGUGUCUGCCUUUGAACUGGUUGAGGUUCUUAACAAYGUCGUCUCACACCGUUCUGACAUCAAGACWCAUGGAUUCACCCUUGAGACGGGUCGCCUCAUAGUCAGUCUGCUGGACAAAGAUGACAAUGGCACAUUGGGAAUAAAGGAAUUCCAUGUGUUUUGGAGCAAACUUCAAAAAUAUCUGGAGAUCUUCAAGAGUCACGACUCGGACCACUCUGGCACGAUGAGCAGCCACGAAAUGAGAGAGGCUGCAACCAAAGCAGGGUUUCAAGUCAACAAUGCCCUGCUGCAGGCCAUUGUCAACCGUUACGCCGAUGCUCAGUACGCCAUAGACUUUGACAGCUUUGUAGGCUGCCUCGUUAAGCUGGAAAUGCUCUACAAAAUGUUCAAGACCCUGGAAAGAGACAACUCAGGGAAGAUCGAGCUGAACUUGCAGCAGUGGAUGUGCCUGGCCAUCUAUUAGCUCUGAAAGCAACAAGCAAGAUCCAGAAAGAAGAAGCAAAUUGGAUGCAUUGUUCAUUCUUUUAUGCCAAAUACGGAUAAACGUGUGUUACUGACAAAGUUUUAAGCAAAUUUGAUACUCGUGCAUUUGUUAUUCAGCUCUUUGGCUGCUGUGAAAUCAAAAUAAAUGUCACCCAUAUUAAAUCAUAAA